AUGAAAGUUCUAGGCAAACCCGACGUAUAUGUUUCAUGCUGUCCCUUUCGUGUUGAACGAUUAGGCAGAAGAACAGAUUCACACGUAAACCCUGGGGUAUUAGGAUCCAGUAGCCUGUGUGUCCAAUCAAGAAAUCCGGCCCUUCGUGUUGAACUCUGGCCAGGGCUUGAUGGUUCCCGUGCAACAAUCGAGGCGCGU